AAAUGGUCUGGGCGGUGUCGUAUUCACGGGUGUGUAUUUAAAGGACAUAGUUAACACGGGUUGUGUCAGUCUCGUUUCAGGAUCCGGAGGUGGCGUACGGUAUCCAGAUUCUACCCACGAUCUCUGAACAUAGUCUUACUUAGAGGAAUUCUACAAUGUCGGAUACAGCAAUAUCGUAUUUUCUGGAUAUCAAAAUCGAUGAAGGAUGUUUAACUAAAUGCAAGGGGAAAACAUUGAAACAGAUCUUAAGCUCUGUGAACAUGAUUCUCUCACAAAAAGCCGGGGACCAGAAGGGCGGCAAACCAGCAAGUGUAUGUAAGACGAUUCAUAAAUUCAAGGUGACUGGUGAGCCCCGGAUUGUUACAGUUGUUAACAUAUCAGGAGGCGAAGCUAUGUUGGAGAAGCUCCUCUCGGACCUUGUAAACAUUGGUAUAACAUGUGUGACCUGUACACCCCUGAUACCCUAUGAGGUAUUCGUUCAGACAGUGCUGGGGGUCGAUCCUGACCUCUGUAAGCCCUCGCCACAUAAACUCACCAAGAAAUACAUUAGCUGGAAUGAGCUGACUAUUGGUUACCAGGGAAUGACAUCAGAAGAAUUCAAAAAGCUUUGGAUGAAAGAGGCAAGCACAGUGCUCGGUUUAAGGAGAGAUAACGACGUGAAUGUUGAUAUCUUUUAAAUCAAGAAUUGUGGAAAGGUGAUGGUUUUUCUCAGUGUUGACAAUCCUGACGACACCGACGGUAUGUUCGACGGGCUGCCAUUGUUUGCACAUAAUGGCCAUAACGUCAGCAAUGUCAGUAGAUCCGUACAACCUCUCGACGGAUACUGUAAAAUGUCCUGAUGGAGCGACAGGCCCGUCACCAAACUACUAACGCGUGUGUUAGUGAGGAUUCACGAUAUUAGUUUGCUCAACGAACUCUUGGAGAGAUUGCAAUAAAGUUCGCAUGUUACGUGUGAAGUAUAUCAUAUUGUGUUAAGGUGGAUAAACUAUUUUGUAUUCGCAUAAAAAAAAAACAACCAAAAAACAAAAAUCUAAUAAAUCAUAUUCCUACUGAA